UGGAAGGAGAAGGCUCGCGGCUCGGUCCUCGCCAGUGGUCGUGGUGGUUUUCUUUGUAGUUGGCGGUCUGAGGCCAGCCCUCAAGUGGGAACGGCUUCACGAUGAUGAGCGGACGGCCGGGCCGAGAGCCCUUAAAGUUCCUGCCGGAUGAGGCCCGAAGCCUCCCGCCGCCCAAGCUGACCGACCCUCGGCUCGCUUACAUCGGCUUCUUGGGUUACUGCUCCGGCCUGCUUGAUAACGCGAUCCGGCGGAGGCCGGUGCUGUUGGCGGGUUUGCAUCGCCAGCUUCUAUAUGUUACCUCCUUUAUUUUUAUUGGAUAUCAUCUUUUAAAACGUCAGGACUAUAUGUACGCUGUGAGGGACCAUGAUAUGUUUGCAUACAUGAGAUCACAUCCGGAGGAUUUUCCUGAUAAAGAUAAGAAAACAUAUGGCGAAAUUCUCGAAGAAUUCCAUCCAGUGCGUUGAAGUCUCCAGAAUGUUUCCCCUGGUUUCACCGAUACUGGUUAUUUUUGGAAUUUUACGGAAUAUGUUUCUAUUACAUAUGAAGUUAUAAAUGUUAACCUCUGUGUUCACACCUUGUGAUUAAAGUGACCAUCACAAGCA